UCGGCGCCAUAUUGGACUAGUGUAUUGGAGCAUUUGGAGGUAUAUUUGGACUUGUGUCGUGCAAAACAACACAGGAAAAUGUAUUUAUUUCAAGCAGCUAGACGUGCAUCUUCUAAGUUGGCGUUUCGUCGUCUUGCAACAUCACCAGCCGAGGGAAAACAACCUCUGGUGAGUUUUUAGAAACAGAGUAAUUGUGACAUUGUGUAGUUCGAAUAACUGAAAUGUUGCAAAUAAUGUAACGAUAUAGUUCUAAUAUACUUGUUCCAAAUAUAGAAAAUAUAUAGAAAACGCAGGUUUCGUUAUGAAUAAAAACAACACAUAUUUUGACAAUCAUGAUUAUAUUACAAAAUGGUUUAUUUUUCAAGACACUUUGGAGUGUAUAUAUGUUAUUUUACCAAUUUUAUGGUACAACUGCAGUUUAGCGGACAGCGACCAGUAAUUACAGUGGGCUCAUAAAGUAUAUGUUUUGGUGAGAGAUAGAGGUGUGCAUUGGAUUGGAUUGGAGGUUUACAAUCCAACAAUUGGUAAUUUUUUCAAAUCCGAUCAAAAAUUGUCUGAUGCGAGUUUGUUAUUAAAGUGUUCUGAUCCAGAAAAAAAUCCGAAAAAACCUUCAAUAAAUUAAAUUUUCUAGAUAGAAGCCAAUUUGCAAUCUUGCAUAAAAAUAACUCAGAUCUUUAUUCUAGAGUUUAGACAAUAGACAAUUAGAAAUAAACAAAAUUGAAAAAAUUAUUAAACGGAAGCGUCAUAAGCCUUUAGUUUUCACAGCAGCCCUGGUAAUCGAAUUAUGAAUUAUGAAUUAUGUUGGAAUGUAUUGGUUAUAAAUCUUGAUUUGCCUUAGGCCAAAAAAGGUUAACAAAGCAAGGGUCUUCAGUUGAUUGUUUCUGACAUCUGCCUUGGCCAGAUGUUCAUAUAAAUCACCUUGGUGAAUAAUGUUGUAUUUACUAUAUAACAACCCUAUAUGUAAACAACACAAGAUCUACAGCACAAUAUGCAGUAAAAGUUUCUAUAAAAAUGUGCAAAUUUUAUUUAGGGUGUUGGUCAGACUGUCACGGUGAUAUCUUUAAUAAGUGUUGGAGUUUUGGGACCCGGAAUGUACUUGUUGUUGACGAGACCAAGAUUUGUUAAAGACUAGUUGGAACACAUUACUUGAAUAAAUGGAUUUAUGAAUGAAUAUUUUUUGUAAAACUUUUGACAUGGACAUGCGGUAGUUAAGUCAUUGAAAUGUGUGUAAAAGUUUUAAUACUAUGAAUGUUUUAAUUAUAUGGCAUCACUAGCCUAU